AAAAGUACAAACUGGCUGAUCGAGGCGAGUGCGCAUGCGCGGGCCGAAAGUUUUCGCGCCGCCGGCCGGCGCGAAGCCGUCAGUCAGCAUCGAGCCGUCGCACGUGGAAGGUCGGGCGUAACCUGUUCGCGCGCGAAAUCACGAUGUUUCGGUAUAAUAAUCCGCGUGUUUCUUGUUUUCAUCAUUUAUAUCGUUACAAAUUACGCACGAUCGUGUAGUUAGAAUCGUUUAGAAUAAAUUCUUUUCGAAUCGGGUGUAUCUGUGUGAAAUGAAGGACAAACCACGCAUCUGAAGCAUGGCUAUCAUGCAGUCCUGUUGCUGCUGGCGGUCCGUCAGGAGGGGUAGUUUUGCCUGUGCUAUUUAUUCUGGGAUUUACUUUACCGUGUUGGCGCUAACCACUGGCAAAGUGCUCCAGGGGGAGAGUCAAUACCUGAGAGGGAAUCGUUCUUUACCGGAAUCCACCAGCUUCCUAGAACCGGACACGAUAUCCCCGACAACGGUACGGUUUAACGUGACGCUGCUUAUAUGCUCGUGCUGCGGUGUGAUUUGCAGCAUCCUCCUUCUCUAUGGCCUCUGCAAGGAUCAACGUGUCUUCCUGAUACCAUGGAUUAUCGUCGUCACCACCAUCUGUUUCGUCGACAUUGGACAUUCCUUGUAUCUAUUCAUCGCUGCUUCCUCCUUUGACCCGACCAAAGUGAUGCUGUACACGUUGAACUUCUUUCUUCUAUGUUUGAACAUAUAUUCCCUGUUGUGCGUGAUCUCCCAGUACCAAGAAUAUACGAACGGUCGAGGCACAGCCGCAGAUGACUACGAAUACAGGGUCAGUAUUCUGAGAGUGUCUCAACGGGAACAGGACAGGGAUAAGGGACGAAAAGUUCCAGCAGUCAGAUACGCCACACAACCGCUGACUACAACUGCCACCUCUUGUCUGAGUUCUCGGCGAGCAGCGACCAACAACGAAACCAAAGUAACCGCAACACCGACGCAAAGUCCUACGGGCCAAAAUACUGUCUCGUCGGAGAAAAGUCCCGUCGCUGGUAAAUCGUCGAGAAAGCACGUCCAGUUUCCUGACACAGCGUCGGACAGCCAGAAAGGAAAAUCUGAGAGUUCGAUCACGAUGCUGAUAGCCAACAAGGAGACGGAGAAUGAUUAUGCGAUACCAUCGGACUCCGCGAUGAUCGAUCCAUCCAUUCAAUCUCAGAAAAUGACCGAAGUACAAUACACCUGAAACCAUUGUCCAUCCCUGUCCCGUGUCAAUGAUCAUGACAGCUCCUUGUUGCCAUUUUACGGGCUUUCUUUGCCCAUUCGUAGAACGUUUCCACUACGGUCGAUUCAAUGAAUAAUUUAUCCUCGUAAAAGGCACCAUCGGGAUACAAGUUCAAUAACCGAUGGUGGUCGUUUUACCAAUCGUAACAGUGGUUCGAUGAAAGCGAUCCUCGACAGCGAAUGUCGACGGAUUCGGCCCAGCGAAUUACUUCCAACUAAUAGAAUCUGGUCACCGGUUCUCCGAUAAUUGUCCGAGUUUCGUGCCACGAUCGCGAUAAUGUUGCCUGCUUGUCGCCCACGGUCACGAUUUUCGUUGCAACCCCACGGUUUUUGCCAAUGAAAAAUCAGAGUGACGUUAGAACAGGAAAUUGAGAAAGUUUCGAAUGUCACCGGGGUGGUAAAUCAAGGUACAAAGUUUCACAGGCGGAUUCUAGAUACGGGUGAAUACCUUCGCGAGUUAUGAUUUUAGUAAAAAAUUCGGAAAUUCUAUAUUUCGAGAAUUUCAAAUUUCUGAAAUUCUAAAAUUCUGAAAUUUUGAAAUUCCUAAUCCCCUAAAAUAAUUAUUUUACCUCCUACGACGUAUAAAUGGAUCCGCCUCUGCAAAGUUUCUCGGAAAGCAGAAGCAAAAGAAUUUUUGCUCGGGUCGAAUCUAAGGAUAAAUAUUUACACCGUUGCCGAUCAAUAUUUAACGUCACAAACAUGACAAUUCUAUCGUCGCGGUAAUGAACAUCGAUCUUUCGAACGAAGAUAGACGUAUCAAUGGUUAUCCGUAGCUUCGGGAAAUCGUUCGAUUUAAUCCACGUUCGAUUGAUGGGGAACGAAUUUCAGAGUUGCGAUGAGAACGCAUCUACGAUACUCUAAGUCUGAAAUACAUAUUUAUACCAACAAUGAAAUAUUUUCAAUUCUCAGACUGCUCGUAUUCUUCAAUGUACAUAUGAUUAUAAAUUUCAUCGUAUUACAGUACCUGUUUGUAUAGAUCCCGAAGAGAACUUUUAAAAGGCUGUUUAAACAUUUUCAAUAAAUCG